AUUUAUAUGAAAAGUAGCUGCAUUUACCGUAAAUUUUAGCAAGUAAGCAGCACAAUCGCGAACAAAACACUGCACAGGUGUGCAGCACACCCCAAAAAAGGAAGCGAACACAAAAAUUAAGAGGCCAUAGUCAUGAAUUUCGAAGGGGAAGACAAACUAGAGCUGCAGCAUUUGGCUGGCGGUAACAUUGUAACACAAGAGCCCGUUUUUUCGGAACAGGGAAGAUUUCUUUUUCUGCGCAGUGGCCUCAAAGUGUUAGUGUUUGUCUCUCGAACUGGCGAACUGACACGUGAGCUGACGGGCGCCACGGCGCCGAUGAUAAGCCUGGAAUUGGAGCUAAAUCAGCCGGAGGUGCUGGUGGGCUGCACAAGCACUGGCCAGUUGUUGCGUUGGCAUUGGCGUACCGGCGUCCUUCAGAAAACCACACCCAUGCGCUUGAAGGGCGGCAGUGAGCUACAAGUUGCAACAUGCAAUUUCCUCAAUUUAUACAAGGAAGGCGAUACGGCAUGCGCUUUUGUGACAGCGAAACGCAGGGCUGGCCAGAAGUUGUUAUGGUUUGUGGUCAACACCAGCACGGGAGCCGUCAUCAAUAUUGAAUGUGGCCUGCAGCUAAAAGUACGCACACCACAAGUAGAUGUAGGCAAAAAGGGCUAUAAAUACAUAGUUAUAUCCCAGGGGUAUUAUGUAUAUUUUGUCAACUAUGAUAAUUGGCAAUUUAUUCGUUAUAAAAACGCCAAUUGCACGCUCGUGACAUGCAUCCGUUUCAGUCCAGCAGAGGAAGCUGUGGCUACGGGCGAUGAGCAGGGCCGUAUAUUAAUUUGGCGUCAGUUUGGAAAUCAUAAGACCAUGAAGAACGCGCUAUAUCACUGGCAUCACACGGCAGUCACGAGCAUAGCAUUCACGCCAACAGGCGCCAACUUUUAUAGCAGCGGUAUGGAGGCCGUGCUCGUUAAAUGGUCUAUGGCACGACCCCAGCACCGGGAGUUUGUGCCACGCAUGUCCAGCAUCAUUCGACAUGUGAUUGUGAGCGAUGGUAAUGAACACAUUGCCGUAUGCACCGACGAUAAUGCCGUACAGUUUGUGGGACCCACGGAUCAAAGUUUAAUAUCCUCAUUGCAACACUUUACUUAUAGCGUGCCGGAUAAAACUGGCAAGAGUCUCUUUCCACUCGGCCUUUGCCUGAACCCACGCACCAAUACUCUGGUACUCAAUGGCCGCGUGGGCCAUUUGCAGUUCUAUUCCGCAUAUACGAAAAGUUUGCUUUAUAAUUUACGCGUGGUAAAAGCCAACGUACUUAAUUACGAAACGGAUCGUAUCAUUUACAAUACACGGGUUACCCGAGCCGCCUUUAACAUUGAUUGGAUGGCCACGGGUGAGGUAUACAAUGAUGAAAAAAAUUUCACCGAAGUGCGUCUAAAAUUCUGGCUAUACAACGAGAAACUGCAGCGUUACAUUCUGAACACUCAUAUUGAGAUGCCGCAUCAGUAUGGCUUUAAGUCCAUUACGUUUUCAAAUCAGUUUCAAGUGGACCAUUUGCGUUGUGCCACCAUUGGCAAGGAUCAUGUUAUAAAACUCUGGGGCAUUGCGAAAUCAGAGAACAUUUAUAAAGGAGGCACAAUGUGGAAUUGUUUAGCACAGACUUCGUACAAAAAUUUUCCCAUCGAAUCCAUAUGCUUCUCGCAAGAUGGCUCAGUGCUGGCUGCUGGCUAUGGAAACACGUUGUGUAUAUAUGACGCGAGAACUUUGGCGCUGGUGCAUGCGCUUACCCCACCGGGCGGCUAUGAUGGUGUGGCGUCUAAGGUGCAGCUUCGUCUAUCCAAAACGCCUUUGAAUGGCGCACGCAAAGAGUUGACAGACCAACGUCAAAAACUCUGGACUAUAUUGAAAACAUUGCUGAUCAGUGAUGAUCAGAAACUGGUGCAGGAAGCUAAUCAAUUAAUAGCAGCGGCACCCAGAACUAUACUGAAGCCUGAUGAUGCGCCCCUAGAUGACAAAGGGCCUUCUAUCUUUAAGUACAUUAUGCAAAUGCCCGAGCUGAGUUUGCAUCAAAAGCUGCAGUUGUUUCGUAGCUUCGGCAUUGAGUGCAGCAUCCCAGAACAGUGCUGCAAACGUCUUGUGGCGCACUUGCAGAGCUGUGUUGUGCCGUCCAGUUCGCGUUUCAAAUUUUUGGGAGGGCGGCUGCAGCGAAUAAGUCUGCGACACCGCUUCAAAGCGAAACAGCGUCUAACAGAAGUGAAGACGCGCCAACAGCAAUACGAGCAGAUAGUCAAUGAGGAGGUGUUGCCGCUGCUCAGUGUCCUCCAGCUGGACACACAGACUCAACCUGCUAUCGCCCAUAAACGUAAACGCACCCAGUCAACAGCGACACCAAAACCCCGACCGGUUCCCUGUCCAAUGCAAUCUUUGGCCGAGAUUUCGCACGUGCAAUUCGGAGCUGGCGGCCAGGCCCAUUUAGUGACCGUUUGUACAGAUUCACGAGUGCUCAUCUGGAAUCUGAUGACAUUGCGUCUGCAGGCGGGACUUAAGUUAUCUGUAAAACAUGUGGCCUUUGAUCCACAAACAAAUCUGCUGGCUGUGGUCACGCGCAACCAAGAACUACACGUCUUCCAGCCAAAUGUACCGCUGCCCGUUUAUCAGCGCUUCAAUAUCCCGAAGCUGUACGGCCUGGUGUGGCUGCCGCGCCGUCAACCGAAACAGAGCUCCAUAAACAUUGAUUGGCAGGCACAGUCCACGUUGCAUAUGCUCACUGAGACCCAGGAGAUUGUCUAUUUGGCGCCACCAGGCGUGGGACUAUCAGAUGGAGAGCCUGCGCCCGUUGCAUUUACACAACCUGCGUCCGAAAUGCUGCAAUACGCUACAUUUGGCAGCUAUGCGCUGAAGCAGCAGCGUGCAAACGACACAAAGAAUUCGAAAGGAGCGAAUAGUGGACCGCUGAUCGUGGGUCAGCGAAAGACCAACGUGCCAAAUGCGUUAAUCAAUUUGUCCGCCCACACGAUGCCCGCCAUGAGUCUUAUCUGCGGCCAGUUCAUCAAAUCGCUGCUGACACCUGCGGAAACGACGUCGCGGCACAACAGCCUCAUGGGACAGGGGCAGGGGCAGCGGGGGCAGUAUCUGAGCAAUGGCACUGUAAACGGCAAUGGAUUGCCACACGAGGGCAGCGAUGUGGAUGACGACUUGGAGGCCGAUGAUGAGGUGAAGGCCAUGGCAAAGAGUUUGAAGGCGCGAAAAACUUUGCUGGCGCAGAACUCGACACCAGUUGGCCUCAGCAGUCAGGAAGCAGAACUCGCAUUGGAGGCAAAGCUUCAGCGCAUAAGAUCGUUGGAUAUAAGCCUGGAACUAUAAACCUGGACAGAAGAAAUAAGUCGUUUGAAGAUUCAAAGAACACACCCCUACCUAGACAUACAUACAUACUUGUAGAUACUAAUUUUAUACAAAGCCCUUGAAAUCGAAGAGUUUUUGAGCCCAUCAUAAAACAUUACGACGAUUUUCCGCAUUGUAUAAACGUUGUAAUAAUUGUUGUUGUAGCUUAUAACAAAUUGUAUGUUUUUCUAAGGACAAAGACAGCAAUAACGUUUGGGACUUUCACAAAAUACAGAAUAUAAUAAUAUUUUAAA